AUGACGAAACCCAAUGACGAGGAAAUGGAGAAGGUCUCUCCGGAGGAUUUCCCCCCGGCCAACGACCCGUUUGGCAAUGAAGAGACUGGAGAAGUGAAAUAUCGGGUGAUGAAGUGGUGGCACGCUGGAAUGCGUAAGACUCGCCUGGUUUCGAUCAUGGCUGCUGAAAACGUAUCCCUGGGUGUCCUGUCCCUGCCAUCAGCUGUCGCUACGUUGGGAAUCAUCCCCACCCUCUUCAUCAUUCUGGGAAUCUCUGGUAUUUCCUGGUAUACCGGCUACGUCAUGGGACAAUUCAAGAUCCGUUACCCUCAAGUCCACAGCAUGGGCGAUGCAGGUGAACUGUUGAUGGGGAGAUUUGGCAGAGAGCUGCUCUAUGUCGCCCAAUUGUUACUCCUCAUCUUCCUCUGCGCCAGUCACGUCCUCACCUUCACGAUCACAUUCAACACCAUCACCAACCACGGUACCUGCACGAUUGUUUUUGGUGUGGUUGGAAUGAUUCUGAGCUUUCUGUGCAACUUGCCUCGCACGAUGAACAAGGUCUACAUCAUGGCCAUUGCCUCAUGCACCAGUAUUGUGGUCGCAACGCUGGUCACGAUGAUUGCCAUUGGUGUCCAGGCUCCUGAUUAUGUCCAGAAGGAUAUCACCACCCAUGUCAGCUUCCAGGAAGCUUUCUUGGCAGUGACCAACAUCAUUUUUGCCUACAUCGCUCAUGUGGCCUUCUUCGGGUUCCUGUCCGAGAUGGAAGACCCUCGUGAAUUCCCCAAGUCAUUGGCCAUGUUGCAAAUUGGUGAUACCAGUUUGUACAUUGUCGUUGCCUUUGUCAUUUACUGCUAUGCAGGCCCCGAGGUUGCCUCGCCUGCACUGUCCUCCGCCGGACCGGUGAUGAAGAAGGUUGCCUAUGGCCUUGCCAUCCCAACUGUUAUCAUCGCCGGAGUCAUCUUCGGCCAUGUUGCGUGCAAAUAUAUCUACGUCCGCAUUUUCCGCGGCGAUAGGGCGCAUCACAUGCACCAGAGGAGUGCUUUGGCUAUUGGAUCUUGGAUUGGCAUCGCAUUGGCCGUUUGGGUCGUCGCCUGGGUCAUUGCGGAGUCCAUUCCGGUCUUCAACGACCUUUUGAGUCUGAUUUGUGCCCUCUUUGGAAGUUGGUUCAGUUUCGGUCUCCCGGCCAUGUUCUGGUUCUAUAUGAACAGAGGCCAGUGGUUCGCCAAUCCCAAGAAGAUCUUCCUCACCAUUCUGAACUUGAUUAUCUUGGGCAUUGCCUUUGCUAUUUGUGGUCUGGGACUAUAUGUUUCCGGUGAUGCGAUCAAUAAGAGCUCAUCGAAAGCCAGCUGGACAUGUGCCAACAACGCCGAUUAA